CGCAAAUACAUAUAAUAAAAAGUAGUGUCGAAAUUAACUAAAAACCUCGUAAUUUCAGUAAAAUUGUUAUAGGUUAUGUCGCAAUAAGUUUGUGAUCAAAUCUCAGGUCAAUACUGAGAAUUAAAUAAUAAUUAAGUCGUAAUAAGUGUUUAACAAUGUCUAACGUGUUCGGUUUACUAGUGUCUGGAAGAUUGGUGCAGACGGAUUUCAUGCCGCUAUCGGAGACUCAGUUCCUGGUGACGAUCCCGGAGGCGGACUCCAUCAACCACGCGGCGGUGUUCCUGACGGGCGUGACGCCGCUGCCCGCGGGCACGGCCGGCAUGGUGUACUGGAGCUGGCCCGACCCCGCCGCGCCGCCCAACUGGCAGCUGCUCGGACACAUAUCCAACGCCAAACCUUCCGCUAUUUUCAAAAUUGGCAAUCUAAAGAAAUUGCAUGAACUUCCUAAUGAGAAUAAGUUCAGCAGUGCCUUUGGCCAGCAACAAAUAUGCCAUAAUGCGCAGAUUGGUAUUUCAAUAGAACCCGAGGGAAAUGUUCAACUCCUUGCUUCUUCGGUGGCCCUGCAGACUAACUCAUAUAUAACAUUUGCUCAAAGAAUGUUAGAGAAUCUAGUAAAUUUUGUGGCAUCCUUCUCUGUGACGCAAGAGCAAAUGACUCCCACUCCAGGUGUUCUUUACAUACCGCUCAACACACUCCAGACAUGGUAUCAGAACUUUGAAAGACGGUUACAGCAGAAUCCCAACUUCUGGAAGAAUUGAAAUGUGUACAUUCUUAUGUUCGCUACAGAUAGACAAUUGCAGUCAUGUUAUUUAUUGUUAAU